CAGCCUGGUCAUUCGGCGAUGCUGUGAGAUUUUUGGAUUGUGUCAACAAUGAACAGCAUUCGUCUUACCAGCCGGUUCAGGCUCUCUGCGACAACCGGAAUCCUUCUCCUAGCAUGUCUUCUGGGGGCCGUUUCUGGCCUGCCGCAAGUCGUCGAUGUCAAGCAGCGCCCGCAAGCUGAGGCCAAUCCGAUCCUCACCACACUCGCGAGCGAUCCAGACUUGAAGGAGUUCUAUCGCUUGUUCAACAGUACUGGAGGAGAAUCUGGAAAACCAGGCCCAGGAUUUGAAGAGAGAUUCAACAACCCUUCAACUGGUGUGAAAUACACAGUCUUCGCGCCCACCAACAAAGCCCUCAAAAAACUCCCCAAACCCAUCCUCGACACCCUAAUCCGACCCUCAUCAUUCGAACUCCUCUCAACAAUCCUCCGCAACCACAUCGUGCUAGGCGAACUCGGCGACGCAGAAAUCGGCGCCAACGAAGUCAUCAGAUUCGUCGGAGGUUUCAGCAUCCAAUUCGACGCCUCUUUCGGCAUCCAAAGCAAUCCAGGCCUCACGAAAACCGACGUCCCCAUCCACAACCAAGCAAACCUAAUCAAAGACGAAACCGGCCAACCCAUCCGUCUCCAAGCCUCCAACGGCGCCGUCUUCAAAAUCGACAACCUCCUCGAUGAAUUCGUCACGUAUUUUGGUACCGAUGCCUCGAAAUCGGAUUCUCUACCACAGAUCACGAAGCAGUCUGGUACGAUGGAUACAGUUUUGAAAAACUCCGAACCCAGUCUCUCGGAAUUGAAUUCUUUGUACGAAAAAGUCUAUCCCGAUUUCCUGACUCGACUGUCCCUACGUUCAAACGCACCUGAUGUGAAUCAGCAGACUGUAUACCUCGCCCCCAACAACGCAGCUUUCGACAUUCUCCCCGCUGCUGCUGGAGAGAAAGCCGCAGAGCCGAGCAAUUUCGGGGCUACGACGUUUUUGUUGGGGCAUGGGUUAGGGACUUGGGAUCAGAAGGCUGGGGUUGUGAGGUCGGUUGAUGGGUUUAAUAUUUCUGUCAAAGGCGAUCGGGCGGGGAAUGCGCGGGUUGAGAAGAGGGUUUGUGUGGAGAAUGGGUGUGUUUGGGUCGUUGGGAGGUGGUUGGAUCCGAUUUUUAUUUAGGAAUUGGGGGGGGGGGUUGUGGUAUGUGAUGGUUUUUUUCCAUGUUAG